AUGGCCAAUACCAAGCACGACCUCCGUCCUCAGGCGACCGAGUACACUCCUCAGAAGUCUACUACUGCGAUCGCGCAAUCUGACCCUGCCACUGCAGUACCCUCUCCGACUCAGAGCCCGGAGUCGGUUCCCGGCCUAAGCCCGGAGGCGUUGCUGAAGACCCGUGAGCCUACUGCUGCAGACACAAGAGGCUCGUUCUCAACCGUGGAUGAUUCGCGUGUCACUACACCUCAGCAACUUCCGCCUGAUGCUAGCGAUGCCGCUAUCAAGGCCAUGCCGUCGCCCUUGGCUACUACUGAGAACACUCCACUCGAGCCGGAGCAUGCUCGCAACGAUAUGGAAGUCAAAGGGGUUGCCGAACUGAUCCACAGUCACAAUGGUCUUGAAGCUUCGACUGCCAGCGCCAACAUGGCCCGCCGCGCUCCCCUGCCAACCGUUUAUGUGACUAGACCCUAUACGCAUGGGCCGAUAGGCACCCACGUCGUCUACGCUCCCGUUGCCCCUCAGAACUUGGGCGGUGGCGUUGCCAGCUACAGCGGCUUCAUGGGCCCGCCCGCCCAGCCGCCCGUCAUGUUGUCAGCCGGCGCAGACCCCAUCUCGGAGGGCCGUCGCAUCUACAUCGGAAAUCUCAAGUACAGCGCCGACCGUCAGGAUGUCAAGAAGUUGCUCCGCAUCCACAACGUCAACCGCACCGUCGAGAAAAUCUACAUGCCCUUUGCCGAGUCUCCCUCGACCUCUGGAGGUUUCGCCUCGAAUGAGUCUAACGCCGGUGACAGCCUCGCGAACAAGGGCUACGUCUUCGUGACUUACACCGACCCCAACGAGGCCGAGGCCGCUCUGAUAUGCCUCAACGGCGUCGUACACCUCGACCGCCGCCUGGUCUGCCGCCCCGGCCUGCCCAAGGGCACCUCGUUCAAGCAGGAGGAAAACCAGCGUCCCCGCAAGCGUCACUCGUCGCAGGGCUUCGGGCGUCGCCGUGGCAGCCAGUGGGGCAGCGAUGGCUUCGACUCGUACGGCUACCAGGGCUACGGCUACGGCACUGGUGGUGGCCGCGGCUAUUACGGCUACCAAGGUGGCAAUGGCGGGCGACGACAGGUCGAGCCUCCGCGUGCCUUCUAUGGCCCUGCCAUGGUACCUUACUUCGAUACCAAUGCCAGCCUUUACGCGGCCGGCUACGGCGACAUUGACUAUGACACCUCAGAUGCUCCUGGUACUGCUCGUCAGCAGUACGGCCUGGCCAAGGAGUCUUUCGACUCGGGUUACAACUCCGGCGCCCCUACGGCUUGGAGAGGCUCAGGUAGUCAUGGUGGUGGCAACCGCUACCGUUAG